GUUCGCCAUAACCUCUUCGGUCACUUCGGUGUUUAUGCAUCCUUCGCAUUUCGAGAGAGUUGCAAAGAGGUUAUCUUAACGCAACAACGAUGCUGGCACGUCGGUUACUGUGUAGGAAGCAAUUGUGGCAUGCCUCGUGCGUCUGCACGUCUGUCCGUCACACGCAAAACCAGCGCGUCAACCAACAUGCACUGGACACGCUUAACCUCGAAAUUCGGCUGCCGGCCUCCCUCAAGAAGCAACCGCAACGCAAGCCGUUCGCCAAGAAUCUGUUCCUCGCCGUGUUCGAUCACGAGUUCAUGUACUAUCCCGAGCCGCAAACCAAGGACAGGCAUCAGCGUUUCUUCGAAUGGCUUCAGCCCAUCGAGAAGUACAUGUCGGAGUGUCUGGAGAAUCUGCACAGCGUCCAGAAGGAAGACAUUCUGGCUCAUCUGAAAGAGUUAGGUGUCUUUCGGGCGUGCGUGGACGAGCAGCAUCUCGGCCUGAACCUGAACCACUCAGAGUCGGCCAAGCUAGUGGAGGUACUCAGCUGCUUCCCUUGGCUGGGGUGUUACAUGAUCAAGAAUCACAUCGUGCCCGUUCAAAUCAUCUCUACGCUGGCCUCAGAAGAGCAGAAAGCCAAGUAUCUACCAAGGAUAGCGGCUGGAGAGCUCAUUCCCACGGUGUGCUUUACUGAGCCUGGAAACGGAAUAAAUAUAUAUAACAUCAUGAGUACAGCUAUAAACUCAGAAAAUGACACACACUGGUCAUUAAAUGGCGAGAAGACGUUUGUAACCAAUGGGCAUGACGCCAAUCUGUUUCUCGUCUUCUGUCACUGUGGCCAUCGCCGUACGAUCACUGAUACUGAGGGUUUUCUAUCUAUACUUCUGGUGGAACGUGAUUUCGGAGGUGUUAUAAUCAAUGAUGUUAAGAAUCUAGUUGGCCUUCAAAACAGCCCGGUCAGUACAGUUAUUUUUAAAGAUACCGAAGUUCCAAAGGAGAAUCUUCUGGGUGAUCUGAAAGCUGGAUCGAGUAUACUGAUAGAUUUACUCUCUCCUGGAAACAGAAACCUUGCUCCGCAAGCAGUAGGUACAUUGAAGGCAUUUACAAAAAUGUUGACGAGGCACGUAUUGCAGAGGAAACAUUUAGAUAGAAAUAUGCAUGAGUAUGAAAGCGUUCAAGAGAUAAUAGGUAAGAUGGCGAGUACUCUGUAUGGGAUGGAAAGUAUGCUGUAUUAUACCACUGGCAUAAUGGACACAUUUGAGAGUCAGGAUUGCACACUCGAGAAAGCCAUGGUGGAGAUGUAUUGUACUAGUGAGUGCGUCGCACGUAUUUACGAAGGCCUACAACUUGUUGGAUCGCAGAGUUACCUGAGGGAGAAUCCUUACACACGAAUCUUCGAAGAUGCAUUGUCAUAUACCCUAUUCGAUGGAUAUAAUAUCGAUUGCAACAUAUAUAUAGCUCUACUUGGUUUACAACAUACGGGCAAAAAUCUACGUAAUCACAUAUUUAAGUUACGAAAUCCCUAUAUCUUUCCCGAGUAUAUAUUUAAGUGGAUCAUGGGUAAGGAAUAUCGAGCAGACCUUAAACUUGCUGACCAUUUGCAUCCAUCUUUCAUAUUAGGUAGCACACAACUGGAGAAGUGUAUCACCAGGUUGCAGACCGUCUCGAUACUACUGUUAGAACGCCAUGGCAUAAAUAUAUCCGAACGACAAAUGGAACUGCGUCGAGUUGGUGAAUUAGCAACGAGAACAUUCGCACUGAUUACUAUUCUUUCGCGAGCUUCCAGGGCGUAUUGCAUCGGCUUGAGAAACCACAAUGAGGAUAAGAACCUGGCCGACAGUUUUGCAAUUCUCUCCAUAAACAGAGUGGAGAUUCUUGCAGAGGAGAUUGCAUCAGGAGAGUGGAACAAUGGUGAUAGGUUCAACAAAGAUGUUGCCGAACUUAUGUACAAUAAAAAAGAUUAUUUCGCCGAACAUCCGUUAAACAGAACCUAUUAAAUAUUUGAUAAAUUUAGUUUAUACACCAUACAUAUAUGUGUAUAUAUAAUAGAAAGAAAGAUAAAACAAGUUAUUC